CCCUCCCCACCCGUCUCCCCCUCAGCAGCGCGUCUCCGGCCGCGCCUCGGAUGCAGUGCGACCAGCGGCAGCCACCGUCCAGCAGACCCUGCGUCCGCACAGCAGCACCGCCACCCCGAACGAUGCCAUUCACGCAGACGCGACAGAAGCACGCGUUCAUUUGACAACCGCCGACCCCCACACGCAGCCGUCGCCGCUCCUCAGUCAGUGCCCUGCGCCAACGCCCCGGCCCUUCCCCUCCCUCCCCCAGCCCACCGGCCCUCCAGUCGAGCGGGACCAUGAUGCUCAGCAGCUCCGUGGAGGUGCCCAGCCCCGGCGGCAUGAGCGGCCUCAGCAGCCUGAGCGCGGCGGCCCGGAACGUGGUGCGCUCCUCCAGCAUCUCGGGGGCCAUGUACAGCCUGGAGAAGAGCCCCGGCGGAGGCGGUGGAGGCGGCGGCGGCGGCGGUGGGCCGGACUCCGCGUCGCUGGCCGGCAACAAGAAGCGGCGCUCCAGCUUGGGCGCAAAGAUGGUGGCCAUCGUGGGGCUGUCGCAGUGGAGCCGGAGCACACAGCAGCUCAACCAGCAAGACGGGGGGACCAAGAAGCUCCGGAGCACCAUCCGACGGAGCACGGAGACCGGCAUUGCCGUGGAGAUGAGGAACCGAGUCACACGGCAGGGCAGCAAGGAUUCAACUGAUGGCAGCACCAACUCGAACAGCUCUGAUGGAACGUUUGUCUUUCCUACCACCCGCUUGGGGCCCGAGAGCCAGUUCAGUGACUUCCUGGAUGGACUUGGCCCUGCUCAGAUUGUGGGCCGGCAAACACUAGCUACACCCCCCAUGGGGGAUGUUCACGUGGGCAUGGUUGACAGAGGAGGGCAGCUGGAGGUGGAGGUCAACCAGGCCAGAGGGCUGAUCCCGAAACCAGGCUCCAAGAACAUACCAGCAGCAACCUAUGUGAAGGUGUAUGUCCUGGAGAAUGGAGUGUGCUUGUCCAAGAAGAAAACCAAAGUCGUAAAGAAAACUCUGGACCCCACGUACCAGCAGGCUCUGUUGUUUGAUGAGAGUCCUCAGGGCAAAGUCCUACAGGUCAUAGUUUGGGGGGAUUAUGGGCGUAUGGACCACAAGUGCUUCAUGGGAAUGGCCCAGAUCCUUCUGGAGGACUUGGACCUGUCUGCCACGGUCAGUGGCUGGUAUAAGCUGUUCCCUACCUCCUCUCUGGCAGACCCCAGCAUCGGACCCCUCACCCGACGCCUCUCGCAGUCGUCCCUGGAGAGCGCCACCAGCCCCUCGUGCCCCUAGACGGCCAGGAGACGCCCCCACAGGCAGAGUCAUGCAGACAAGGACACGCGUACUGUAUAUACACAAUGACUGUAUUAGAAGUGCAGGACAGGUGGGCACACACGCAUAUACUGUAAUACAGGAUCUCAUUCAUAGGAACACAUACACAUUGAUGUGCUGCCACGUCCUUUGUCAACGACACAUCCAUGUUCUCACACACUCAGGUGUUUUUUCAGUUGCGAUGCCCAAAUGGGAAAACACUCUCUGCCAGAACAUGUAGCAAGCCUCACCUCGCCAUCAGACCGUUUCCUACCGUACCGCGACGCGACGACCCGCCAGGUGCCAUAUUCCGCAUUCCCGAGGCGUCACAUCCCUGCGGCGCGACUCAUCCCAGGGCCGUCCUGGUGCCAGUUCCUAACGUCUCUAUGCCAAACUAAGAAAAGAACUUUAUUUUUCAAAAACCAAAGCAAUUGUUCUUGUUGUUAUUAUUACUAGAAGUCGUAGGUGAACUAGUCUAUAAAUGAUAAAGUAUGGAUAUGUAGCAGAGUCAAAGACUUAGAUGUAAUGCAAAAAAACAAAGACACACUCUACACACUGACAAACACCUAAACACACCUGAGCAACAGGCUCAGUUGUUCACAUAAUGGCUUUUAUGUGAGGUAGCAACACUGCUAUUCUAUCAUUUUCACAGGGCAGAGUUUAUAUAUAAAAAAAAAAUAUAUAUAUAGUAUAUAUAUAUAUAAAUAGAUAAAUACUUAUUUGUGUUUAUGUAUGUAUCGGCUGCAUUCUGCAUGUUUGCCUGCGACCCUUUUAGAGACAUUUUGAAGUGCUUCAGUCUUUUUUGGCCGGUGUAGUAGGAGCACAGAGCCCCUUCGGGCCGUGACCGCCGACAGAGGACGGGGGCUUCGGUGACGGGGAGGCCGCCGCCGUCACCAGCACAAGAAGGCACCGCGCUAGGCGGCCGUCAGCACAUCCCUGGCCCCGCCUUGGCUUUUCCAGUCAGUAGCACGCCCAGGGACGUGCCCUAGUCUCUCUGCAUACCAGCAUCUAUACGGUCGUCCAUCCCGUUGGUUUCCCCAGACCUGUGUCAUUUGUUGCAUCUUUUCACACUUUUCCUACUUGAUGAAGGAGGCAGGGAGGUGAUGAACCUUUUUCUGUGUGUGUGUGUGUGUGUGUGUGUGUUUGGUCCCAGCCGGAUACUCGACCACAUGCCAAUCGCACACAUAUCGUAGCUGGUACCUACGUUUUUUAACCCUCCUCUACUUUGUGUGUAGUCGCUUCUCUCUGUCUCACUGACUGUAAAUUGCAGAGUGUGUAUUUGAUUCCAGAAGACUUUUUGCUUUUUAAUAUCUGACUGUUUACACCAGUGUUUAGUUGCAGGGGGAUUGUUAACCUGCCAUUUACGAUAGUUUAACUUGUUUCAGGUGCAAUAUAUAAAAUCAGAUUUUAGCGUACUUGAUAUUUCCUGCUGUGUUUAAGAUGGCACUUUACUGUAAGAUAUUUUUUACUUUGAAAUCUUUGUAUUGACCACUUUAUUUAUUUUAUUUUUAUUUGGUAACAGUGGCUCCUUUGCAUUGAAAAUUCAAUUGAAAGAAGAAUUGAAUUUUCAGAGAGAGGUUUAAAAGUUCUAUAGGUCUAAUGAAACAGGACAGUUUUGCCUUGCAGCAUUUGAUGAAGUGCCCGUAAUAACAGUAUUUGAAAAAAACAUGCCUAAAAUGACGAUUUUAUUGAUUACAGUACAGUAUCUGUAGAUCCUUGGAUUUUAUUAUAAGCAAAAUUGUAUACAUACGCCUCCAAAAUACAAGAUGGCAUUCGAUUUUAAAAUUUAUUUUUGUGUUGGAUUUACUCAAAUUAUUCAACUGAGAAUUUUAACCCCUUUUUAAAAUUUCAACAAAUGCUUUAAGUAUUUUUAAGAAGGUAAGACUGACCUGUUGCCUUUUAAUACCUACUGUAGUUGUGCAAUAGCUGCAGCUUCAUAAGCAAAAGAGAAAAGAGAGUUCCUGUUGUUUCUAUAACUUAUUUGACAUGAAGAUGCAUUUGUCUGCCUGUCCACCAUCAGACCAACACCUAACCUGACACUGACACUGCCUUUAGUACUAAAGGCCUGUUAAAGGCGUUGAUGUGUUUAUGUAUCACAUCUUCUAUUGAUUCAUUUUUAUAUUUUAAAUUUGGGUUUUCUGGUGUUUUAUAAUUUUGUAGAGGAGGGUAAAUGGGCGUUUUUGACCCUCUCUUAACACCAUGAACCAUGAAGGUCUUGGCUCCAGUUUGCAUUUGUUUAGGAGCUACUUCCUCCUGGAUCUCUACUUGUGUGGUCUUGUAAAUGAAGUCAUUUUAUCUUAUUGUUCUAUUUUUGUGGACAGCUGGCAUGAUGUUAAAAAAAGGACUUUUGCCGACUCUUGGUAUUUGCACACAUUCUCUACAGUGUGCAGACAAAAAAGCUUGGCUGACGACAGAAAUUAAACAAAAAACUCUGAAGAAGUCUAAAGAAUUGCUCUCGACAUGUAUAAUUCCCUGCUAAAUGUUCAGUCCUUGGUAAACUAUAAAAAAAUGCUGUUAAUAUUUUUCCAUGUGAUUCCAAAUGUUUUGGCGCUUGUAUGAACCUGUAUUGUCCCUUUGCUGUAUAUUGAAUAACCUAAAACGCGAUGAGUCCACGCUGAGUGAGAAUUAAGGCACAUCCAUGAGAUGCAUCGUCAUGACGUGUCUUCUGCAGAGCACACUUUGCCUAAUGUGCCCAAAUCCGCUGAGUCCUGCAACCAAAAGGAAAGGUUGAAGUCCUGUCUUUCUUCAAAGUGUGGGUGUGUGUGUCUCCCCGAGAUGUAUCUGACUGUGUGAUGCGUAGCGAGUCGCAGGGCAGCUGGAUGUGAGCGAGCGAGCGAGCGAGAGAGAGAGAGAGAGAGAGCUUUAAAUGUGUAGAUAUUUUUUAAGAAGCCAGUUGGUGGUGAAUUCUCAACGAGGAGACAUUAAUUUGUGAUCAAUUAAAAAUCACAGGAUUAACAGGCGUUUUCUCACCACAUGCUCAUUGCAUUUAUUUGGAGUCUGCUAUUACAGUGAGUAAUUGACCCCUAAGCUGAGACGGAAGCUCAACAAGAGGUUGAAGCGCGAGGGGACGGUUGUAGCAGGUGGUCAGAGAUCCGUCAUGGUGUAAAGGUUGAUGCAUGAAAGUGAACUUGAUGUCGUUGGAGUUUUUGAGGAGUUCAUUAUAGACACUCAGGAGCGGUUUUGGAAAGGGCCCAAGGCGCGUGGCGCCUGGUGAGCGGUGAACGGGUGGGGACAGUCCGUGCAUACUGUACAGUACGUCGCUGGGCUGCGAUUUGAAUGUAAAGGCUGUGACUGGAAUGUAAACGCUGGCUUCCCUCCGCGCGGAGCGUCCUCUGAAGCCGCUCGGAUCGCGCGCGGGGCUUUUUGCAAUUUACCUUCAGUCGACCCGACUCGUGCUGUGUUGAGACUGCAUCUUAUUUUUGUAAAGGAAGCGGUGUUCUUGGCUGAGGGUGGCGUUAGAGAGGCGGUGUGGGCGUAACUGCCUUUAGGUUUUACUGAGAAUGAGGGCUUGUUCAGUUUACAAUGGCCUUAUUUUGUGUAGGAGAUGUCGCUUCACUAUUGUAGCACACAACUGAAAGUUUUGACAAAUGUACUUUGCUUGAACUAUUGUAUUGAAGUUAUACAUGCGUAUAUGUAUAGUUUUCUGAAUGUAUUUCCUAAUCUUUACACCAGAACUACUUGUAGCGUCUUAUUCAUCCGUCUCCUUGAAGACUUUUCCGGGGCUCUCGCCUGCAUGGGUGCAGGUGGCCCCUACUCUUACUGUACUGUACACUGUAUGUCUGUCUGUGUUUAUAUGGAAGAACAGUGCUGCGUAUGGAACAGGCACGAAGUCCGUCUGGCGAAAUGCAUUUUUUGAUUUAUUUAAAUCGCCACGAUGGACUUCAAGCAAAAACGAUUGCGAUUCUCCCCCCUGCGCCGUCUGAUUUAUUAACUCGCCCAUUUAUUCUAUGAAGUGGAUAAAAUUGUUUUUUUUCUACUUUGAACUUGACAAUAUUUGCCGCAUGGUUACUCUGAUGAUUUCUGUUGCCUUUAAUGGUUCUGGUUGUGUGAUUUAAAAAAAAGAAAUCGAUAAGUUAUGGUAAUGGUCAAAGUCAUUUAGACCCAGUGCAAUAUAAAAUAUCUAUUCACUGGGAUGCAAGGCAAUUAUCAAAAAUGCUGUAUCGUUAAGUAGCAUGAACUCAGCUUUCCAUCAUUUGGAACACACCUUCUGGCAAUAACCAUCAACUCUCACUGUUUUUUGUGGAGCCUUUAAUGUGGCUCUUUGUCAUUUCUCACCGUUUGCAAUUUUCAUAAUGACACAUAAGAUACAAGGUCAGACUGUAUCUUUAAUUACCUGUAGCACUUCAGGCCAACACACGAGCCCCCGUGAACAACCCCGUGCAGGUUCCUUAUGAAGCAUGCGUUCCAUGUGUCUGUUUGCCAAUGUAGCCGCUGCCACCAAGGGCACAAAGCAGACAUCACUGCUGGGUUGAUGGAUAUGUUGGGGUGUUUAAUGCCGGGUACGCCAGUUUAUGUUGCAUUCAUCCACUUUAAGUGUUUGUAUUCACAGCACAAGUAUCCCCAGUAGCCAUUCUGUGCUGAUUAGAUGUCUGUGUGAUAUGUUAAGGCCAAUGUAGCUCCUUCCCCCGCUGUCGAGACAACCUCCAUCUUAGCAAACCCAGCAAAGUACAACCCCCCCCCCCCCCCCCCCCCCCCCAUAAGACAUCAGGAACUGAUGGAAAUGAUAAAGCUUAUAUAUUUAAUGUACAGGAGCACAAUCAAGCACAUUUAGCAAAUCCCUGCUCUGGAAUCCAGUGUUAGAUGGAUGAGAGCCUCCCAAACCUCCAGCCCAGUUCAAUUGGACUUCUGGUGUUGUUAGAUGAGUGGUUGUCAAUUCUUAACUGGCCUUAACCUUUUCACCAAGGAGUGUUCACAGAGUACAUCCUAAAGGGCAAAGCAAAGCAGACUGUCUGAUGAAAGGAUGCGGUUCAUGGCAACGAAGAAAAAGGGAGCUGUAAUUUUAUACCUGUGCUUUGUAAAUGUUUUCUAUGUGCAGUAUUUGAUAAUGUAAAACUGGUAUUUUUGUGGUUUGUACGCUGCAGAGUUGAUUACUUAAGGUGCACGUAGUUUUGUAAGAAAAUAGAUGCGAAAUGAGGAAAAAAAAGAGCAAUUUCAGAUUCAGAAGCCUGUAUUUGCAUGUCCUGGACACAAAGUCAAUAAAGUUUAUUUGAAUCACAAACA